GGCUUGAGGAAGGCAGGCAACCGGGACCGCGUCCGGAGCGCUCGUGUUCCGCAAUAGUAGUCGAAGGAGAGUACAGUCAUUUCAAUAAACGAAGUACGUCAGUGCACUUUUCAACUAGCAGAAGUAAACGAUUGUGCGACUUGAUUUGACAGAUUCGACCGUUGACAUGAAAAUAACGCUUUGUUUUGCGACCGUAAACAACAAUAACAAUAACAAAAUAAAUAUGGAGAGAAAUACGCUAUCUGAGGAUGAUAUACGUGAAUUGCAAGACACAGUUGUUACUUUGCGGAUAAAUAUUCCUCCAAUGUACAAAAAAAUCGUGUGGAAAGAGUGUCAAAUAGAGCAAAUGCAAACGGCGGAAACCGACGUUUGCGUAUCAAAGCAGCCGAUCGAAAAACUGACUACAAUGGAAAGGUCACAACAGGAUUUUUCGACGGAAUACAUCGGCACGCAGAAGACUCAGGAAGCUAAACAGAUGCUGAACAUUCCCGACAAGUUUUUUUCUAGUACGCGUCAACCGAUCAACCAAGGUAUUAUCAAGGGAAAUAUUAUCAAGAUAAUCGACUCCCGGUCCUUGCCGACACCGAUCCACUUCACUGGCACGCCCAUCUCGUCCACGAUCAAUUUAAUGUACUCCUGAGCCUGCGCCGGCAGCUCCGUAAAAUUGCGUACAUUUUCGGUCGACUUCAACCAACCGUCCAUGGUCUUGUAGUUCACCUCCACCUGCUCUAGAUCGGUGAUCGAAUCAGGGAAGUAGUCGACCUCCUUGCCAUUCAAUUUGUAGCUGAAAGCGAAAAAUAAACAUAGUCCCAAUGAGGUGACGUAAUGAUCUGGG